UUCCUCCACGGUGCCGUCAGCCCCCGAUCACGCAGCUCUCCCAUUGGUCGGCGCCCAACACACCUUUGCGUCCUAUUGGGCGAGAAGUUAAGCCAGACCCAUCUUUUCCCUCACCGCGUUUGAAACGAUGAAUGGUGAUGAGGCUGAGGAAGAAACUGGAAAACAUCAGUCACAAUUUGGUUUAAAGUGUUUGCACGAGACGGAAGGACGAGUACUCGGCAGUUAAACCGGGUUCCUGAACACAACACAUAGACCCACAUAAGAUACUUGCAACAUGGAAUUUGAGGAGCUCCUCUCAGAGAUCCAGGGUGAAUUCCAGCCUGCUCCUUUGGGUGCAGGGGACAUGGAGGCUGUGGAGGCUCUGAUGUCGAUGACUAAGCACUGGAAGACCCGGAGCUUCAGGCUCAGACACUUCAGACCCUUGACUCCGUCCUCAGACUGCUCAGAGGAUGACUCUAAUAUGAUACAAGACUUUCAUUUGUGUAUGACACCGCCAUACAGUCCACCUAACUUUGAGGCCACGCAUUCACCUUCAGCGUCAACUUUACAUCUACCUGCAGCAGCUGGGAGUCCAGGCUGGCAGCCAAUACAAGAGACUCAUCUGCACACACAGCAACACUUCCAGUGCACCAGUGUAAUCCGUCACACUUCAGAUGGCCAGCGUGGCUCCUGUAGCGUCCAUCCUGUUUCCAGGGAGGACAAACUAACUCAAGUUCACACAAAAGACUUCAAAACAGAUUUCAACUGUGGAUAUGGGCUGAACAAUAGAGAUUCUGAGGGGAGUACUGUACUGCAGUCUGACUCUGAUGCAGCCAUGCCACAGAAAUCCUUUACUGUGACUUUGCCAAAUGUGGUUGAAGCCAGCCAGACACAGAUGAGUCUUCUAGGCCUGGAUGAUAAAUCAAACACAUUUCAUUCGGCAGGCUGUGGGCUCUCUCCUGUGCCUGUCUACUGCAAGAUUCUUCGUGUGUCUUCUCCUUCCUCCACUGUCGCAGCCUUUGACAGCCAGAAGCAACAUCUAAUACCUGUCCCAUCAUCCCCCGCCACUGCACUACAACUGCAGCACAAACAACAACAGGCACUACCUCUAACCCAAGCAGCUUCUGCUGCCCGGGUCUUUCUUCUAGGGGGUCAGUUGGCAAAAGGCUCCGUAAUGCUCCUCGUCCCGCAGCCGGCUGUUCCUACACUCUACGUCCAGCCAGCACUGGUGACCCCUGGUGGCACCAAGCUACCAGCCAUUGCCCCCGCGCCUGGUCGUGCCUUGUUGGAGCAAAGACAAAACCCAGUGCAGCCAGAAGUAUCCCGUGUACGCUGUCAUGUUUGUCCUCAUGAGGACUGUGGCAAGACCUACUUCAAGAGCUCCCACCUCAAGGCCCACAUGAGGACACACACAGGUGAGAAGCCCUUCAAAUGCAAGUGGGAGGGCUGCGAGAGGCGAUUUGCUCGCUCCGACGAGCUGUCUCGCCACCGACGCACCCACACGGGAGAGAAAAGGUUUGCCUGUCUCGUGUGCCUCAGCCGCUUCAUGCGUAGCGACCACCUUGCCAAGCACGCCCGACGACACCUAGCAGAGAGGAGGACGACGUUAAAGGUCGUCCAGUCUGCUGAGCUCACUGCUUCCUCAACACUCGGUCUGUGUUCAACAACACUCUGAUCAUCCUGAUGAGACAUCAAAGUAAAAGCUGUGAAAUCAAAUGUGAAGCCUUGUGAGUCUCAAAAAGUGCUGCACAGAAGAGUGUGUGCCUGGUAUUUGCACGUCACUCAUAACAUAACAACACUGCUGACUAGAUUAAGGUGCAUGUUAAGUCUUCACUGCUUUACACUGAAAAUAUCAACUGUAGAUACCGUUCUGAAAGUCAAUUUCAUAAAACCUUUACAAAUGAAAAACAUGUUUACUGUUCAGUGAUGUUUGACCAAAGAAUGUUGAAUAUUGUUCUUUUUUGCUGUACAAAAAUCUAUUUGUAAUAAAAACAAUU